AGGAUGUUGUCAGUCAACAUCAUUUUUUUAAACAAUAAAAUAGAAAAAGGUUAUGUGUUGUUCUGUUAUGCGCCAAAGUGAACAAAGAUAUAAUAUAAACGAUUUUGAAAUUGUAAACACACUUAAUUAUCCGGGCUACUACAGCCACGGUUAGUUUUAAAUGCUAAUGAUAUAGUAAACAAAGAAAAAGAUGGCUUCAAAAGAAACUACACCAACCACAAAAAAAGUGAAUAACGAUUUAAUAACACCUCAUAGACUAACAGUUUCAAUAUUGAUCAAAAACUUUUGUCUCUUCAGAGAUGAUGAAAAAUUUAAGGAGAUGGAAGAUCAAGCACUCAUGUGCAAAUACAGAAGAGACUUCUGUGUUUUAACUCUAAGAUUAAUACAAAGUCCUGACCUACCAUUAUUUGAUUUGAGGAAAUUAUUAACAUCCAAAAAAUAUGUGAUACCUGAUAGUUUGAUAGAAUCUUUUGAUCAAACAUUGGCCACAUUAAAUGAAGAAGGAAUUGGCAAUUUACUGGAUAUUGUGGAUAGUUUAUUGAAAAUUAUGGAUAAAUCUGAUGAUCCCCUAAACAGUAAUAAUGCCAUAGCUAAAACUAGUAUUGCAGGGUAUUAUUUAAGAAGAUUUAUAGUAUUUUUUGAGAAACUAACCUUCUCAGAAGUUGCGAAAGUGUACGAGGACUUCCAAACAUACUACAAUGAAUUAGAAAAAAGUGCUAAACAUAUACAAACGGAUGAGGAACCUGCUGAUAAUUGGUUAAAUACUAAAGAAAACUGGUCUAGAAGACAGGCAGAGCUAUUCAUAGCUACCCAGGCUGCUUUGUUGUCUAAUGAUGAAGAAAAAGCUCUGCCUCCACCUGAAUUACAGAAGAGAAUUGUGAAUAUUUUGAAAUCAAAUCCAGAUUUGUCAGGAGCGCAUUUUCUUUCUUAUUUAAACUAUCUACGUGUUGAUGAAUACUGUGGAUCAGUUGAUAGUUUGUUCCAUUGCUUUGAUAGAAAUGUUGAUCCAGAUGUUAAAUGCUAUAAUGAUGAAAAGAGCAAGAGGCAUCGAUUUGCUGCACUAAAUUUAGCAAUUUUGCACUACCAUUUUGGACACAUUGAAGAAGCUCUUGCAGCACUUAGGGAAUCUAUCAAGGUAUCACAAGAAGCGAACGACAAUGUUUGCCUUCAACAUGCUUUGUCCUGGCUGUAUCGCCUUACCACAGUCAACGAAGAUAAACUCAUCAUCCAUUGUAUACUAAAGAGUUCCGAACUGAAGUUGAGUUACACUGCUUCACUGGGAUUGCAAACGUUUGGACAAUACGAAUGCUUAAAUACGGGCAAAACCUACGCCAUAUUUGAGACUUUAGGUAGAAGUGAUAUGUUAAACUGCCAACACAACUACAAAGACCUCACAUCAAACAAUUAUGCGAUGAAGGCAUCCCUUUGGCAGCUUUAUGGCAAAAACGAGAUGUGUUCUCUUUGGAGCCAGCUUUUGCUAUACCAAAACAUGGAUUCUCUUACGCCUAGUAAAGGUUACUAUGGAGAGGGAUUCUGUAUUGCAGUCUGUAAUAUUGCCAAUAAUCUAAUGGUCGAAGGGGAAUAUACACUGGGCCAUUGUGUCUUAAAUUUUGCUAAAUCGAGAUUUCCCAAUGAACCGCACUCCGUCGUUUGGAAACUAUGCGAGAACAUGUUCCACUACAUGAUGGCUCUUUAUCAUGAGCAAUUUGAAGAAGCCGAAGCUGCUGCGCAAAAGAUCAUGGUGUUUGAUAAGUGGGAAGGGUACCUGAGAUUGGGAGAGGUGCAUUUCUACCAAAGGAACUACGUACAAGCUGAUACUUAUGUUGAAACUUUACUUAACCAAUACGAGAAUGAUAAUACUUACAAAUUUAGUGACAGAUAUUACUACGUCCGAGCCAAAGUUCUCAAGAUGGAAAUUCAGUUUGCUACCACUUAUCCAGACAGUAUCUCUUCAGGAAUUAUGACGGUGCUUAACAAUUGCCUAAUUGAGUCACAGGCUUCUCAAUUGGACUACCAAUCAGCAAUAAUUCAUCUCCAUUUGGCCAACUGUAUGCUUCACGUCGGGAUGGUUUCACAAGCCUUAGCUGUUUUGGAUAAAUGUCUAGUUCAGAUUCUCGCACAUGGAGGAUGUUUCGACAGAGCCAGGGCUCUCUUCCUAUACAUCAAGUGUGUAAUAGCGGACUCUAGUCGACUAGAAGACAAGAAGAGAAGAAAAUUACUUGAAAAAUGUACAGAUACAUUGGAAAGGUGUAAAGCUGAGUUUCUCAGGGUAGAGGCCUACUACAGGGUGUCAGAUGUUCUAAUAUUACAGAGUCAAUUGUGCCACUGGCUGAAUUUGAAAAAUCGAAGAAACAAUUACGCUGCGGAGUUUAAAACUUUGGAGGAGGAGCGUCCCCGAAAAAACAUUUAUACUUUAGUAAAAUACGUGUAAACGUUUUAUCACAUUUUAUAAAUGUGAACGUCUUAAAAAUACUGCUUGUGUUUCAAUAAUCUCUUUGAUAUUUUGUUUUAUUAAAAAUAUUUAUUAUCGGUAAGACGUAAUAAAUUUUUAAUACAA